AUGUCGACACCAAAAAUCUCGUUCAAGGUCCCACAGGACACCCCGGCAGACGACGACCUCGAAGGAGACGUUGCCGCCCACGACCUCACAUCGGCUCCCGGCAAGGAGCGUGAACGCGAGCCCCUGUUUGGCGGGGACAUUGCAAACAUCAGCCAGGAUGGCGCUGAUGGCAUGGAUGUCGAUGGCGCCAACGGUGAAUCAUCCACCGCGCCCAACCCUACUGUUCUUGGCGCUGCUUCUCCCGGCAACGACGCCGCUGGCGAUGGAGCCACCCCUGCCGCCGGCGACGCGGCGCGUCUCUCGCCCAACGACCUGCACGCGCUCGCGACGACGUACCUCGCUUCGCAGACGCAUCCACUCGUGGUUCCCAGCUACUCGUCGUGGUUCUCGCUCUCUACCAUCCACCCUAUCGAGCGCAAGUCGCUGCCCGAGUUCUUUAGCAAGCGCAACCGUUCAAAGACUCCGGCCAUCUACAAGGACUACCGCGACUUUAUGAUCAACACGUACCGUCUCAACCCCGGGGAGUACCUCACUGUUACCGCGUGUCGUCGCAACCUCGCAGGUGAUGUGGGCGCCAUCAUGCGCGUUCACGGCUUCCUCGAGCAGUGGGGUCUCAUCAACUACCAGGUCGACUCGGAGACUCGCCCUGCACCCCUCGGUCCUCCCUUCACUGGCCAUUUCCGCGUCACUCUCGACGCUCCCAAGGGUCUCAGCAACCUGCACCCCGGCUCCAAGCCCGGUGCCGGCGCCCUCGCUCCCAACGGCGGCGCGAUCACCCCGCACGCGACCAACCUCGACCUUCGCAAGGUUAUUUACUCGUCGACCUCCCGCAACACCAAGCCCACGACCGAGGCUGAGGCAGCCAAGGUUGCCGCCAAUGGCACCGAGCCCGCGCGCCCGCAGAGCCACUCGUGUGAGACUUGCGGCACCGACUGCACUCGUACCCGCUACCACUCGCUCAAGGACGGCGAGUACACCAUCUGCCCCGCCUGUUACGUCAACGGACGAUUCCCCUCGACCAUGUUCUCCGGCGACUUUGUGCGCCUGGACGACGAGGUGUUCAAGCACGGCUCGCAGGGUGCCGGCCCCGACUGGUCUGACCAGGAGACGCUUCUUCUUCUUGAGGGUAUCGAGAUGUACGACGACGACUGGAAGGCGGUCUCGGACCACGUUGCCAGCCGCUCCAAGGAGCAGUGUAUCGCCAAGUUCCUCCAGCUCCCUAUCGAGGACCAGUACCUCACCUCAGACCCCGGCGCUCAACUCGGCCCUCUCCGCUACCAAGCUGGCCUGAAUGGUGUCCCCUUCGAGGGCGCCGAGAACCCCGUCAUGAGCGUCGUCACCUUUUUGGCAUCGGCCGUGGGACCCGCAGUGGCCGCCGCUGCCGCUCAAAGCGCCCUCGGCGAGCUUGCCCAGGGUCUCAAGCGUAAGCGCGCCGAGAAGGGCGGCGAGGACAAGGAGACGAACGGCGACUCUGCCGACGCGGACAAGAGGCAGAAGAAGGAUGACGAGGUCAAGGCCGAAGCGACGACACCGGCUCCAGUUUCCGGCGACGCCAUGGAGACGGACGAGCCCGAGGCGGCCGUUGUGGUGACGACGGAGACCAACGGCGGCGGCGAGGGCGAUAAGGAGAACAGCGACGGCCCCUCCAAGUCAUCUCUCGAGCGUGCUGCGAGCAUUGCGAUUGGUGCUGCUGCUGCCAAGGCCUCGACACUGGCACGGCACGAGGAGUCUCGUCUGUCUGCUCUUGUCUCGCGUCUUGUCGCUGCUCAGGCUCGCAAGGUCGAGCUCAAGCUCAGCCUUUUCGAAAAGCUCGAGGACGUUUUGGAGGACGAGAAGCGCAAACUCGAGCUGGACCGCCAGCGCCUCUUCCGCGAGCGCAUUUCUGUUCAGAAGCAGCUCGCACAGGUCGAGGACCUGCUCCGUCGUGCCCAGCAGUCGCCUGCCACCGUCCAGCCCGCCGAGGUGGCUGCUGUUCGUGAGGGUAUCGCGCCCACGACCGCCGACAAUGUUACUCCCGUGACCGAGCAGGUCCCGCCCCCAAGUGCAGAGGGUGCGACGAUUGCCCAGCUUUAG